ACCCUUUGUCAAAGUAUAUAAACUAAAGAUAGUGAUUUUGCUUGACAUUCAUCAAUAUUGUUGUCUUACGUUGAUAUAAUCUUAUUUCGUGAUCUUCAUUUAACACUCUUUUGAUUAAUUAUGCCUCCUCAACCAUCAGGUAAAGCUGUUAAGAAAGCCGGUAAGGCCCAAAAAGCUGUACGAGCUACCGACAAGAAAAAGAAGAAGAAGCGACGAAAGGAAUCCUUCUCCAUCUACAUCUACAAAGUGUUGAAGCAAGUUCAUCCUGAUACUGGUAUCUCAUCUAAAGCCAUGUCUAUCAUGAACUCCUUUGUGAAUGACAUUUUUGAGCGAAUUGCCGCUGAAGCCUCAAGAUUGGCCCACUACAACAAGCGAUCUACCAUCACUUCUAGGGAGAUUCAAACUGCUGUCCGACUUCUUCUUCCUGGUGAAUUGGCUAAGCACGCUGUGUCUGAAGGAACUAAGGCAGUUACCAAAUACACUUCAUCCAAAUAAAUAUUUCAUUCUUCCUGACCCUUCCCUUCAUUAUUCAAAACAAAAAACGGCCCUUUUCAGGGCCAAUAAAUAUUUACGAAAAGAAGUUUUAUGCUAUUCUUGAUCAUCUCUCAUCUCUCUCACGAGCUCAAACAUAUCUGAUAACGUUGGUUUUGUAAAAAUUUGUUUGAAUGACACGAAAUAGAAAGUUUUCUUUGUUACAUGUGACUCAUGUUAGGAUUGUUAAUAACUGAAACGACUUAGAGCAUUAAAAUAAACAGAAGCUUAAGAGUUUA